AUGGGUGGAGAGGAGAAAACUUAUGGUGGCUGUGAAGGCCCUGAUGUCAUGUGUCCCAAAUUAAUAUCUUUUGAUGGUCAAGAAUUUACUGUAAAAAGACAACAUGCACUAAUAUCAGGAACAAUGAAAGCCAUGUUGAGCAGGCCGGGUCAGGUUGCUGAGAAUGAAACCAAUGAGGUCCAUUUUAGAGAGAUCCUUUCUCAUGUGCAAUCAAAAGUGUAUUUUAACUACAAGGUUUACUACACUAACAGCUCCACCAAGAUUCCAAAUUUCUCAAUUGCACCUGAAGUUGUGCUGGAACUACUGAUGGCUGCCAACUUCUUAGAUUUGUUAAAUAAACUAAAUUAUAAUAAAACAGCAGAUGAGAUCAAAUUAUGA